UGGGUAAGAAGAUUUCAACAUGGCAAGCAACUCGAACAGGAUUCGUAUUCACGACAGAGAUGUUUUUGCUGCAAUAACCGAGGGUCCAGCAAAUGUAUUUUCAAGCACUCCUUUUCUUCUCGUAAAGGCCAGGUGGCUUGCAGAUGACUCAGCCCAAGUCUGUCCACUUUGCUCUCAGAAGUUUACACAAAUCCGGAGAAAACAUCACUGUAGGCAGUGUGGAAAAGUUCUCUGUAGCAAGUGUUGUAAUGAGAAGGUUCCUCUUCCACAACUUGGAUUUGAUGAGCCAGAGAGGAUCUGUGACUACUGUCUUGAAGUAACUUCCCUUGUCACAAAGUCAAGAUCACUUCAGAUGACAUUCAAACUAGAAGCAGCAAAAGCUUUAACAGAGUUAUGCAAAGAUCCUGAUGGACUCACAAAGGUUGUGGAGAUGGGUGGGGUGCAGACUCUUAUAUUUCUCAGUCAAAGUGAGAAUUAUGACGUAAAAGCAGCUGUUGCAUCAGGACUUCAGAUCCUUUCUACUCAUCCUCCAUUGCACUCAAUGUUGGCCAAAUGUGGAGGCAUUAGAGCCUUGUGCAGCAUACUUUCCACUGUCAGUGAGAGUCAGGAGCAAACCUUGAUUGAUGGAAUCAGUGCAUUGAUGAUAUUUUGUAAAUCACCUGAAUUAAAAGCACAAGCCUUAGCUGAUGGUGCAUUAGAUCCUGUGUUAACAGUGUGUGCAAUGAAAGAAGCCAUUGCCCUCCUUGCCCUGAUGACAUUGAGUCACAUUGUUGAGCAUCAUGGCAAUGUAGCUCCCCUUAUAGAGAGCAAUCGGAAUGCCCUGCCAAGAAUUCUAGCUUUGACAAAGGCACAAGAUGAAAAGAUUCAAGAAAUAUCCUUGAGAAUUUUGGCACAGAUGUCUGUUGGUACAGACUGGCAGAGGCAUCGCAUUGUUCAGGAAGAUUUCUCAGCUGGUCGAUGUUUAGUUGAAGCCCUUACAAGAGGACCAAAAAAUCUACAGGUCCUUGUAAAUGCAUCCUGUCUGAUUGCAAAUUUGGCAACAGGGGACCAAGAUCAGAUGUCCCUUAGGGAUUGUUUACAAGCCAUGUGUUCUCUGACGUCAUCUCACACUGGUCAUAAAGACGUCCAGACACAUGUAUCCAGAGCCCUUGGUAACUUUUCAAAGUUUCAUCAGAAUUCAUCUAUUAUGAUACAAUAUCUGCCAAGAAUUAUAGAGACACACCUGAAGUCAACAGACAAGACGAUCAAGUGUCAUGGCCUAAGGACUGUCAUGUACCUUCUCAGCCAUCAAAGAGAAAAGGCUGUAGAUGUUCUGAUAAGGGAAGGAGCUCAUGAAGUCCUUACAAGUUUAGGAUCAUUUCCUGGCAUUGUUGAUGCAAUUCAAACUGGUUUGCUAAAAGUAGUCACCACCAUUAGCGACUGUACAGUCACAAAAUAAUAGUCAUAUUAAUUAGUGCUGAAGGAUACUGUUAUUGUCAGUCAUUUUAACUUGAUUAUAUGUACAUGUAUGUUGUAAUUUUUGUAGACAAGAAAGUGAUUGCCUUAAUUUGCUAUUUUGACUGAGAUAGAUUUUUAAGCCGAAAUGUAUCAUGUAAAGGUCUUUAUUUGAUGCGGAUUAGAAAAGUUAUUUUGGAAAAAAAAAACAGACUGGAAACACAGAACUUAGAAAUCUUUUAUCUAUAAAGGCUUUCAAAUGAGCUUGUUCAAAUUAGAAUUAAGUUUUAAUGAGGAAAACCUGGGUGAUCUUUUCCAGCUCUUGUAAAAUUUGCAGAUUAGAAUUUUACUUAAGGGUAAAUUAUAUUUUUAUAUCAGUAUAUUUGUAGAAGCUUCCUUCAGUACAGGGCUCUUAAAUUGACUUAAUUACAAGUCAUCCAGUUUCAUACCAGCCACAAAGAAGAACUGGUAAUCAGUUCUUGAGGAUUAAAGGGUUUUAAAUCAAUCAAAAAGAAACAAAGGAUGAAUGUGGAUAGAGAUGAUUGAAACAGAUUAUGAUGACAAUCUGGAAAUAUUUUAGGUUAUAACUUUUCAAGAUGCUCAAAUGGUGACAUGUAUUGUCCUUUUGUUGUUUAGGCCAACAGAUGGUUCCUUGUAAAACUGUUUAGAUCUUAAAUUACUUACUCAAGAAGCUAUCCUGAAUUGUUUAGGGUUUUAACUAGACAAAAGUUGUCCCAAAAAUUAUCUCCCAUUUAUCAUGUUUAAGAAUUGCUGUGCCAAAUGUACCACAUUUUGAUGUCAUCUGUGUUCUACUACUGAACAGUGACAUGGCAAUGUGGAAUCUAUUUGCUUUAUAUGAUACUAGAAAAUGUUGUAGAUUAUCUUCUGUUGACCACUGUAGUAGCAUGUGAAACCCCAAAGAUGAAUCAUUUUAGUUAACUGCAGACUUGUGCAUUCAAACCUAUGGAAAGUAUUUGGCUUAUUGACUCUCAGUGUGAUUUAAUUAUUUUCAUUCUUUUCACAGAAUGAAACAGUCAGUACUUCUCUCACUAGAUUAUAUAAAUGAAAAGAUAUUGCAUAAAAAAGUCUUCUUUUUAAAAUACUGUUUCCAAAGACAUAUUUGAAUGAUGCAGCAAUUUUACAGCAUGAAAAUAAUGGUUUGCAGAUGUAAGAGAAGAACACCAACCUAAUUUAGAUACAAAGCCCCUGCUUUCUGUAGGCAAGGACAGUUCUGUGUAUUUUACAUCAAAUUCUGCAUAGUUCAAUUUUUACUGAGUAAAUUUUCAUUUUAAAAUGGCCAACAUUGAGCUGAGCAAUAUCAAAUUCCACAAAUUUUAGGAUCUGUAAUGUUAUCUUGAUGUGAUAUCAUCAAUCUGUAAAGUUUAUGCAAAAAUUAAAUGUUAUUCUUAGACACCACAUGAAAUGAUCUAUACAUGCAUAUGUUCAUAUAUUGUAAAACUGAACAAUAUUUUAGAGUUCAGAUAUAUACGUGCAGAGAUUUUCACUAUAUUGGUCUACACUCAAAUUUAAUCUAUGUGUUAAACAAGAAGCAGUAUCAGUUAUGAUUAUCAUGAUUGUGGAUUGUUGGUGUGCCAUGUAGUAGUGAAUUGUACUUGAUAAGGAAAUAAUUCAUGUUUACCUGAAUUGUAAUUUUAUAUUACUUCUGUAAUUAAUAAGGAAUGGAUAGGAAUUACUACACUGACAAUAACUGAAUAAAGAAAAGGAUUUUUUAA